CUCCACACUCAAAAAUUUCUCAAAAUUUCGUAGUAGCAGUUUUUCCGAGGAGUCGCAAAACUGUUUACACGGAGAGGGGUCCGAGAGAGGGGAGGGGAGUGAAACUGCGGCCAGAAUCUCCACAGAGAGAGAGAGAGAGAGAGAGAGAGAGAGAGAGGUAUAUACACAAAUCCGUAUCAGCCACCCCAUGGAAGCGCAGGCGCAGCAUCCGCAACAAUGGGUGAUGAGCGCACAGGCUCAAACCCACCAGCACCCAUCGUCAAUGGCAACACCAUCGCUACCCUACCACCAACCCACCACUCUGGAAGAAGUCAGAACCCUCUGGAUUGGCGAUUUACAGUACUGGGUCGACGACGGCUACCUCCACAGCUGUUUCUCCCACACCGGAGAGGUUGUUUCGAUAAAGAUAAUACGUAACAAGAUCACCGGCCAGCCAGAGGGUUAUGGGUUUGUGGAGUUUGUUUCACAUGCAGCGGCUGAAAAGAUUUUACAGACAUACAACGGAGCACAAAUGCCUGGAACUGAGCAAACAUUUAGGUUAAAUUGGGCUUCUUUUGGGAUUGGAGAAAGACGCCCUGAUGCUGGGCCAGAGCACUCUAUCUUUGUUGGAGAUUUAGCACCUGAUGUCACGGAUUACUUGUUGCAAGAGACCUUUCGAACUCAAUACCCAUCUGUUAGAGGUGCAAAGGUCGUGACUGAUCCCAAUACUGGGCGCUCAAAGGGUUACGGUUUUGUUAAAUUUGCUGAUGAAACAGAAAGAAAUCGUGCUAUGACUGAAAUGAAUGGUGUCUAUUGCUCAACCAGGCCGAUGCGGAUAAGUGCAGCAACGCCAAAGAAGACAACUGGGUUUCAACAGCAAUAUACAGCAACUAGAGCUUUGUAUCCACCUCCAGCAUAUGUUCCAGCAGUACAGACAAUUCCAGUGGAUAAUGAUAUCAAUAACACUACAGUUUUCAUUGGAAACCUGGACCCUAAUGUCACAGAAGAGGAACUGAAGCAAAUAUUUGUGCACUUUGGGGAAAUUGUAUAUGUCAAGAUCCCGACAACAAAAGGAUGUGGUUUUGUGCAAUAUACUGCCAGGGCAUCUGCGGAAGACGCAAUUCAAAGGAUGCAGGGUGUAGUGGUUGGCCAACAAGUAGUCCACCUUUCUUGGGGGAGGAACCCUGCAGCAAAACAGGACGUACCUAGUAUAUGGGGUCAGCAAGCAGAUCCAAGUCAAUAUAGCAGCACCUAUUAUGGUUAUGGACAAGGUUAUGAUGCCUAUGCUUAUGGGGCUGCUCACGAUCCUUCAUUAUAUGCAUAUGGUGCAUACUCCGGUUACACGCAGUACCCUCAACAGGUUGAAGGUUCUCAAGAAAUGGCAUCCAUGGCAGGCACUGUCCCAGCUAUGGAACAAAGGGAGGAAUACGAUCCUUUGGCUACACCAGAUAUUGACAAGUUGAAUGCUGCUUACCUUGCUGUCCACGGAAGUGCCAUUUUGGGACGGCCCUUGUGGCAGAGAACGUCAUCAUUCACACAGCAAGCAUAGUCUUCUUAUGGCACCAACUACUUAUAUGUCAGGGUCUAUUUGUUUUCUGCGCUCCUUAUGUAAUCAAAGCACAACCGAGCAAGAAAAAUGCUGAUUCCACCACCAAAUCCUGGUACGCCUGCCUCAAUGUUUGCCGGCAGGGUUUCUUCUUUAGUGUUGAGCUGGAAACAUAGGAAAGCAAAUCCAUUUUGCAGCAUAGAUUUUUAGUUAUUCUAGUUUGUCGUGUCUUAAGUUGUAUAAACAAAAGGAUGACAUAUGAUUAUAUGGACCACCCUCAACUCAAGGCUUUUAUGCGGUACGUUGGAUUUCAAAUGUUA